UCAACACAUUAAAAAUUAACGUCAAUCAGAUUUUCAAUCGGCGAAACGUCGCCGAUAUUUCGAAAAAAUGUUAUGCGGCCGAUGAGACCCAAAUGAAAUUACAACAACCGGGGUGGACACCAUAAAAUUUUCGGAUCAAUAAAUUGUCUGCGGGUCAAGUUUUUCAGAUUCUAUGAUAAAAAUUUUCGUACGAUGGCAAAGGAACAGAAAUUGCCGAGAUGGUACUUCGGGGGAUUGGCCUCGUGCGGUGCCGGCUUCUGCACGCAUCCCCUCGAUCUGAUCAAAGUGCAUCUGCAGACCCACCAGGAAAAAGUCUCCAUAAUACACGUAACUAGGGAUGUUAUUAGGAAAAGCGGAUUCCUUGCCCUAUAUAAUGGCAUUUCAGCAGGCCUUCUCAGACAAAUGACUUAUUCGACGACCCGUUUCGGAAUGUAUGAAGUGUUGAAGCAAAACGUCAAAAGCGAUACAUUUGUGAACAAGGUAGCAAUUGCUAGCGUGUCUGGUAUGGUGGGUGGCGUUGUAGGAACCCCAGCGGACAUGGUUAACGUUCGUAUGCAGAACGACAUCAAACUUCCUCCUGAGAAACGACGAAAUUAUAAACAUGCAUUGGACGGCCUUAUAAAGGUAUACCAGGAGGAGGGUUUCAAGAGGAUGUUCUCAGGUGCCACAACUGCAUCAUCCAGAGCAGUACUCAUGACGGUUGGACAGCUCUCUUUCUACGAUCAAAUUAAAAUGAUGUUGCUCAAGACACCCUUCUUCGUCGACAACGUCACCACUCACUUUACGUCCAGCUUAAUUGCUGGUGGUAUCGCAACAACUCUAACUCAACCUUUAGACGUGAUAAAAACUAGAACGAUGAAUGCCCGCCCCGGCGAAUACAAAAGUAUAAUGGCUGUGGUGGUGCAUGUCGCCAAAGCUGGUCCGAUGGGUUUCUUCAAAGGCUACGUGCCAGCUUUUGUCCGAUUAGCACCCCAAACCAUUUUAACAUUCAUGUUUUUGGAACAACUUCGAUUAAAUUACGGCUAUUUCCCUGUCAAGAAAAAUUGACGUUCCAUUUUAAAAACAUCAUUCAAAUCUUAGUAUAAGUAAUUAAAUUGAAUUGGUAGGGACGUUUUUAUUUACAGGGUACAUGUAUUUAUUUUAGUUAAUGAUUUACAAAUGAAGCACAAAUCUGUUUACAUUGCACACUUCGAUAAUAGUGACAUCAGCUCAAAGUUCGGUUCCUAUACAAAAACAAUGGUGUGAAAGGUGGAGGAUGUAAAUACAUAGGUUAUUCGUGCACUUGACAUGUAUACUGUUCUAAAUUGAUCAUUUUUAAAAACCUAAGAUCCACCACCAGUGCCAAUAUACACACAUCUACUCGAAUUAAUUUCGCAUUUCUACAACUCUAAAUAUAAGACAAACUAAUAAUCCAUGGUUGUACAAGUGUACACUUGUAGUUUUAUCAUUUAUCAAAACGUUUAUUUGCUAUUAUUUUGUUGAAUCACAUAUUUUUGAUAUUUUUUAUAUUGUUUCAAAUUGUGGUUGUAUAUGUUUUAUUUAUUGUUAAUUCGGUCAUAGAAUAUGUUUAUUUUUUUUGGCGUCCUUAUAGAAAGAAUUGUAUUGUGAGUCAUAGAUGUUGAAUGACAGCAUUUAGAAUAUGGUGAUUGUUAAAUGUUUAAAAGGUUUUAUUAUAGCAAUAACUCAUUAAAUUAUUUUCAUGUG